GUCAUGGAUUUUUUUGACAGCACUGUGGUGGAGUCGGCGACCCGCCACGCUGUCUCUGCCUCUGGCUCGAGUUCAAGUUUUGAUCUUUUGCCCACAAUCUGAACGAGAAUCGAGUUCAAGAUCACACAAGAACACACAUUUACGAUUCCCGCUUCUGCCCUCAACGAUAGCGCCGUCAAAACGCCCCGGACAGCUGCCGACCCCUCGUUCCUCCGCCGACUGCAAUUCAAGUGGCCCGUGUCGUCGUGUGUUUCCUAGGUGCUACCGGUGCGCUGCCUGAUACGGCAUAGCUUUGUUGCUGAGCUUGAAUAUUCCCAUCGAGUUACGGUUUCCGACUUCUUCAUGGAUAAUCUAUGGAGUCGCCGUGCCAGCUCGAGCAAGCUCUCUCUUUCAACAUCAAGUACCGGACAGGACAGCCCCUCGGGGCGCAACUCUUCCUUCAAGCGAUUCGGCGGUGACAGCUCGGCGCUUGGCAAGAGCUCGUUCGGCGCCAUAACACCAGGCAGCGGCCUGGCGUCUCCGAUCGGCGGGGCGUCCAGCGCCUUCGGCCUGGGCUCGGGCGCAUUUGCGUCGUUCGGCUCGGCCAAGACGCCCAAGUCGCCGGCGAACCCGUUUGACUCGGCCGUCGGCGCUGCCGUCAAAACCCCGACGGCGGAGAAAUCCGCAAAAGACGGGGCCCCAGGAGACAAGGCGAUAAGCAAGCCGGCUUCCACCGCUUCGCUGAAGGACGAGGGAAAGGCGGCUGCCCAGCCGACGGCCGGACCGGCGGCACCAUCAGCCCACCCGCUGCGCAACAGCUGGGUCUUUUGGUUCCGCCCGCCCAUUUCCAAGGCGAACGGAUUUAUCGAGUACGAGAAGACGCUCCACCGGAUCGCCACUGUCGAGACGGUUGAACACUUCUUUUCGGUGUACAAACACCUCAAGCGGCCGUCGGCGCUGCCGCUGGUGUCGGACUACCAUCUCUUCAAGAAGGGGAUCCGGCCAAUAUGGGAGGAUGAGGAGAACAAGAACGGCGGGAAGUGGGUGGUGCGUCUGAGAAAGGGCGUCGCCGACCGUUACUGGGAGGACCUGCUGCUUGCCAUCAUCGGCGACCAGUUCUGCGAGGCCAGUGACGAGGUGUGUGGGGCCGUGCUAAGCGUGCGCAACGGCGAGGACAUCCUCAGCAUCUGGGCUCGGGAGAGCGGGCAGCGGGUCCUCAAGAUCCGUGAGACAAUGCGACGGAUCCUGUCCUUCCCGCCGGACACGAAACUCGAGUGGAAGAGCCACGACUCGAGCAUUCAGCAGCGCAACGCCAUUGAGGAGUCACGGCGAGAGAAGGCGAACAAUCACCACCACGGCGACAAGCGGUCGUCGAACAAGCAGCAGCAGCAGCAGCAUCACCACCAAAACCAACAGCAAGGUGAUGACCAAAAGAACCCCAGCAGCUCAUAACUUGCUCCUCUCCCCAAGCGGGAAAGCGCGUGCGCGGCUGCGGCGUAGGAAGAGGUUCUCCUUGGCCACACCAAGCAUGCGAUGCGAUGUACAGUACCGAAAUGUCAACAUGCAUUUGUGCGAAUUG